AAUCUCGAACGAAUUUCAGGAUCGCGAACGCACGAGAGGCUGCAACAGUUCACGCGUUUCACCCUCUCGGUGAAUUCUGAACACGCGCCAAACAAUGCCAGCGCUCGAGUAGGAUACUUUCAACUGUUCCCCGACUCUCUGACCACUUUCAACGAAGACUGCGUCAACACCAUCUCGGAAGCUUCCGACUAUCCCAAAACGGAGGUCCAAGUGAUGUGGAAGGCACCGCCGUCAGGAUCAGGAUGCGUUGUCUUUACGGCUAUGGUGCUGGAGAAUAACGUGCGAUGGUACGCCGAGGACGGUGGACUAAUGAAGGCCUUCUGCGAGAUGGAGGCAGCCGAGGUCGGGGCCUUCGACGCGGAGAAGUGCUGCGCCUGCGACGAGGCCAAGUACUCGCUGACAAUGGAGGGGCUGUGGUCAAACGUGACACAUCCAAAGGAUUUUCCAUUCUCCGUCUGGCUGACCCAUUUCAGUGACGUGAUCGGCGCCUCUCACGUGCCGUCGUUUUCCUUCUGGGGUAAGGAUCACAUCGCCACCGAUGGCUUUCGCCAACUGGCCGAAUGGGGAUCCGCGUCUGGGGUUGAAACUGAGCUCAGGGCCAAAGCCAAUCAAUUGAGAACGCUGAUUAAGGCUGCCGGUUUGUGGUAUCCGAACGUAAACACUAAUACCAGCACCAAUUUCAGAGUGGAUAGAAAACAUCCAAUGAUAUCCGCAGCUUCCAUGUUUGGCCCUUCACCGGACUGGGUGGUCGGUGUGAGCAAGCUGAACCUCUGCAGAAAGGAUUGCACGUGGACGAAGAGCGAGGUGAUCGAUUUAUACCCGUGGGACGCCGGCACUGACAAUGGGAUCUCCUACAUGUCGCCGAACUCUGAAACGAAACCGCGCGAGAAGAUGAAACGAAUCACCACUUUGUACCCCGAGGAUCCCAGAUCGCCGUUCUACGACCCGACUGGACGACCCAUGUUGCCAUUAGCCCGGCUCUAUUUGAAUAGGGAGAGGAUCAUCCCGCGAGGCUGCGACGAGCAAAUCCUUCAGCAACAAGUCACGCAGCUCGAGACUACUGAAUACACAGCUUGGUCAAGCUGCUCGGUGACUUGUGGCAAGGGAUUGAGGAUGCGAACGAGAUCGUAUCUAAUGCCUGAAAAAGCAGCAAUGUUCAAGUGCAACAGGCAGUUAGUUUCAAAGGAAAUGUGCGUCUCGUCGAUCCCGGAAUGCUCCUACCGAUUUCCCGAACCCUUCUUGCACAAUGACAUCGAUAAAUCAAACGUACAAAUAAUCUUAGAUAUUCGUUAUACGUUCAUAGAAAGUUUCGAAAAAUAUAGGAAAUGUUAUUCGAAUUUCAACAUGACAAUUCAUGACAAACAGACUCCAUAUUUUUCUCGAGCUUUACACAAAUAUCCGCAGUCUGUUCAUAACUCGAAUAAUUUCGACAAACACCGUGACAUCGUAACGUCUGAUUUCAGUGGCGAAGAGGAGACGGACGACAGUGGUUUGCUACCAGCUUUUAAUCCUUAUUGCGAAACCACUGACUGGGGCCAUUGGUCCGAAUGUUCCUCCACGUGCGGCCCGGGCUUGAAGAUGAGAACGAGGCGGUUCAAAGAUCCGAUGGGUCGUAAACGAUGCCCUCACGUAUCCAUCGUCGAGAAAGUAAAAUGCAUGGAACAAGCGUGCCUGUUCGGCUUGGAGGAACAGAUCGAUCCUACGUGCAAAGUGACUGAGUGGUCCGAUUGGUCUCCGUGCAGCGCUUCCUGCGGCAAGGGGGUGAAAUUGAGAACCAGACUGCUGAUGGUAGACCCGUCACUGCAGCAAGAAUGCUCCUCUAAAUUGGAAUUACUCCAGCAACGUCCUUGUUUGGAGCAGGCCGACUGUACCUUCGACAUGGCCACUGCAAAAGUGGUCUGUAUGGAGGAAGCAGAUGUUGGACCCUGCAGAGGCUAUUUCCAGAGGUGGGCGUUCGUCCCUCAGAAACUGACGUGCAUGCCCUUUGGCUACGGGGGUUGCCGUGGUAACAGGAACAAUUUUUUGACUGCCGACGAGUGCAACAAUACUUGUGGUAUUGUACGAGCGAUCCUCAGUGGGCAGUCCUUGAACGAAACUGACGCUAAAAAUGGCCUGCUACUCGGCUCGAAACCUGUCCAUUGUCGUGUGAGCAGCUGGUCGCCUUGGUCGCCUUGUAGCGUCACGUGUGGCGUAGGUCGUAUCACUAGUUAUCGUACAAUCGAGGUGAGUCGGAAAUGGAAGUAUUUAGUUUCUAAUCGAAUGGUUCAUCAUGGCGAUUAGCAGAUUCAGUAGGACGACGAUGUUGAUCACCGAGUACGUGCCGAACAUCAGCAUACCCCAGAACCUGGUGAACGCUUUGAUGCCGUCCAGCUCGAAGCUCUCGAGGUCCACCAGCCCAAAAACCGCCCAGAACAGCGUUUGCGCCGUUUCGAACAAACUGACGAGAGACACGAAACUGAAAUUAUCUCGUGCAACUCGAGCGAACGAACUUCGCACUAAAUCGACUAUAAUGGAUUCUAGACGAUGUAGCAAAGUUAGCCACCGAUAUGAAAGGUAUCAAAUUUCGUUUGGAACGGAAGUGUCAUACUUUGCGAAUCGACGCCAAACGAUGCAAGCGUUCGAAUCGGUGGUGACGCUGGCGUUAGGG